AUGGUACGAAUACCAUCGACCAAGAUCCCAUGGUCACACAUAUUCUCUCUAGGAGCUCUAUUAGUAAUUUUACUGGUUUCCUACCGAGCUUCAAGUCUAUUAAUCAAUCUAGCUGGCAUAACAGGGAAGAAAAAGGCUCCUACAAACUCGACACAAAUCAUCAGCACCGUGACAUCCUCGUCAACCCAACACCAACGCUGCCAACGUCUCGACAUUGCGCAAAUCAAGCAUAUAUACGACGACCACGUCGUGGAUUCGUUGUCAUAUAGUUCAGAUAUAUCAGAAAAGGAUGCGGAUCGGAUAAAGGGUGGUGACUUUCCAACAACAAGGUUCACGCCACAUAUUGAAAGCAUUCUCAAUGACAUUGAUCUGGAAGGUGUGGAAGACGGCUGCAAGUGGAAGUUCUACUUUACAGUCGAUAGGCCACUUUCAAAACCGUCCAAAAUCUUCUGUAUGGGAAUGAAACGAUCACGGCAAGUGCCAUGGGCUUGUAAAAUAUUCAACAACCUGUUUGACGAGUCUUCUGGGAACCACCCGUUUCCUUCUAUAUUGCCGUCCAACUUGACAAUUGCCAUCUCGACUGACGAUUUCAGUGACGUGGAAAAAGAAGGCUUUAAAUGCUUUGCUAGCUCAUCAGCUGGAGGAAGGUUUACGAUCACAAAUUUCCUGGAAUUGCAAAGGAUGGCAGACAACACAGCCCACCCAAUCAUAAGUUUUGAUGAAAGAUGUACGACACCAAUAUGGCGAGGUUCUGCUUGGAGAGAGCCCGGUCCCAUCAACGCACAAGACGAUUCAACGAUAUUGGAACAAGUAGCUCAAAAAUCGACAAGAAUACGGACUGUUUUGUAUUCCAAAAAACAUCCAGGGUUGUUGGACGCACGAAUAUCCGACUCCAAGAAUGGGCUAAUGAUGGAAAAGGGUUUGUGGAUCAACAACGCUACCAAUGGACUCAAUAAAGUUUUACCAAUUCAAUCCAUUCCCCCGAGCGAGUACUAUACCCAGUUCCAGACAGCAUUGGUACUUUGUGGACGGGGAGCCGCCUUUCGUACACCUAUCCACCUCAGCACGAAGACAGCGGUUGUACUACAAACUUGUCCCUAUCAAGAGUGGUAUCAGGAGUAUAUGAUUCCAUGGGAGCAUUACAUUCCGCUUGAUCAAGAUCUGAGAAAUCUAUCGGAAACGAUGGAAUGGGUCCGGGAUCAUCCUGCCGAGCUGGAGAGCAUUGCAAAGAAUGGGCGACAGCUUUACGUUGAAUACCUGUCGUUUCAACGAAACUAUGAUCACUUCUUCGAGCUGUUCUAUCGACUCGCCAUACUUUCUGCCGAACGGAAUAUAGCUUUUGAUCCACCGAUGAAAUGA